ACCGGUGGUUUGGGGGUGGGGGGGUGGGGGGAGACAGGAGGCUAGAGACCUGCUUCAGGAAACGGUUUCUCUGCUUUGCAAGAGAGCGAGAAGGAGACACUAGUUCCGGAGACACUCUGCAUGGGGGCCCUGUAUGAACCGACCCUAGGUGAGUCCUGCAGGAGAGAAUGCAUCAGGCCCAAAAGCAGACAGAGAGCAGCUGGUCUUGGGUGGUGCUGCUGGCCACCGUGGUAACGCAAGGCCUGACACUGGGCUUCCCGACUUGUAUUGGUAUCUUCUUCACUGACCUCCAACGUGAUUUCCAAGCCAGCAAUAGCGAGACAUCCUGGUUUCCCUCCAUCCAGAUUUCAUUACUUCAUGCUGGAGGGCCCAUUUGCAGUAUGCUGGUGGAGCACUUUGGUUGCCGCGUGACAGUGAUGCUAGGGGGAAUCCUGGCCAGCUCAGGCAUGGUGGCCAGCUCCUUCUCCCGCUCCCUUAGCCAGCUCUACAUCACAGCCGGAUUCAUCACAGGCCUAGGGAUGUCCUUCAGCUUUCAGGCAGGCAUCACAGUGUUGGGAUACUACUUCUCCUACCACCGGACACUGGCCAACGCACUGGCCUCAGCUGGGGUCUCCAUUGGUAUCACGCUCUGGCCCCUGCUUUCCCGCUACCUCUUGGAGUCCUUCGGAUGGAGAGGCACCUUCUUGAUCUUUGGCGGGGUCUUCCUUCAUUGCUGCGUUUGUGGGGCCGUCAUGAGGCCUGUGGCACUUAAGGCUGAGUCAGCCUACCCCCCACCCAACAAGGCCCCUGAACCAGGCUGUCUGUUGACUUGUGGCCAGGCUGUGCGGCGACAUCUGGCCUUUGACGUCUUCCUCCAGAACCAGGGCUACCGCUUCUAUACCCUGGGUGUAGUGUGGAUGCUGAUGGGCUUCACAGUGCCCCACAUCUUCCUGGUGCCCUUUGCCUUGAGCCAUGAUGUGGAAGAACACAAGGCUGCUUUGCUUAUCUCCAUCAUUGGCUUCAGCAACAUAUUCAUUAGACCCAUGAUUGGGGUGGUAGCUGGCCGGGCAAUGUUUGCAGGUCACCGUGUGUUCCUUUUUGCACUGGCAGUCUUGUUAAAUGGGCUGAGCAACCUCAUUUGCGUUAUCUCAGCCAGCUUUACUGUGCUAGUUUUUUAUUGCUUGAUAUACAGCGUCUCCAUGAGCGGCAUUGGGGCUCUCAUCUUCCAGGUGCUCAUGGAUAUAGUGCCCAUGAACAGAUUCUCCAGUGCCUUGGGUCUCUUCACCAUCCUUGAAAGUUUCACCAUCCUUGUAUCUCCUCCACUGGCUGGUCUACUUUUGGACACUACUGGCAACUUCAGCUAUAUUUUCUACAUGUCCAGCUUCUUCCUCAUCUCAGCUGCAUUCUUCAUAGGUCUCAGCUUCUUCAUCUUGAAGAAGAAGAAGAAAGAGAAGCAAAUAAUGGACAUAGUCCAUGAGGAGCCUAUUGUAGAAAAGGAGCUUAACCUGAGAAACACAGAGGAGCCUGUGACUCAGUCACAUUCAACAGUCACAUAUGUGACGUAUGUGACAAGCGUCUGAGCCAAGGAACUCUAGAGGGCAAAGACUAUAAAUUCUUUCUAAUUUCAGACCCUUCUGUGCUAGCCUUCAUUUUAUUAUGUCUCUCUGGUUUCAACCCCCUCAAGGCCCAAUGAAGCACUAGCUUCUUGAGCUCACUUACCUUGUGAUCAGAAGGUUCCUCUCCCCUCGAAGAGGUCAGAAAGAGGAACUUAUUGUAUUUUUUCCCAGUCCCCUGUCUCUUCCACCUCUUGGGAAACAAAAAUUCUCAGAACUAGGAGAGGCUAUGGACAGCACUGGAAAGAGGGAACCAGAUUUAUUCUAGCAGAGACCAAGAAAAACAGUAUGUUUGAAUUACAUGAAUUACACGCAAAGACAUUGUUUCCUGGAGCAGCUGGCUAUAAAACUCAUUGAACUAAUGGGGUGAAUUAAUGAAGCACAGAAAAUAGGUGUGGGGUUUGGAGGCAGCUAGGUGGCUUAGUCAAUGGAGUGUCAGAUCUGGAAUCAGGAAGACCGAGUUCAAAUCCAGCCUCAGACACUUAAGUGUGUGACCCCAGGUACUUAAGUCUAUUUGCCUUUAUCCAGUAGAGAAGGAAAUCACAAACCAUUCUAGUAUCUUUGCCAAGAAAACUCUAUCAACAAAAUGGUCUAAGAGGUCAGAAAGAGUUGGCAUGACUGAACAACAGCCCUUACCAGGGGGGACAGCACAAAAGCUUGAUAGAAAGCUAAUCCCUGAAAUCAUAGUUUACUUGCACAAAAAUCUCUUUCUCUGACCCUUAAACCCUAGGUCAUUGCUUUCCUCACCAACAUUCCUGACUCCACUCCCACCCUAACUUCCUCAUGGUGCAACAAUGCCAAGACAAGAUAAGGACCAAGGACAGAGAAUCAGUUUGCAUAGUGAGAAGCUCUAUAAGGUGGGGGAAGGUGACUUGCAGAAGGAAGUAGUUUAAUUUUGGAGCCACUUCCUCAAAUUCCAUUAUUAUCUCAAUUUUCCUGGGGAUUUGGUAGCUGUGGUUCAGUACCACUUCACAUUUAAUCUGGAUCUCAUGUCUUUUCACACACAACAAAGAUCUAGAGGAUCUAAAGCAGAAAGGUGGCAGACUCUUGAUCCUUCAAUGUCCUCUCUUUUGAGUGAUAAGAUCAAACUGAUAUAUUAAUCCCCUGAAGAGGCCAGCCCCAGUAGUUGCAAGACAACCUUGAAUUUUGGCAAGAAUAAGGAUACACUUGAUUUGAAAGAGUGGAAAGGACAAAGCAGUGGUCUUGGUCCAAUGGUCUAUAGCUGUAGAACAGAUUUUGAGAUUCUCAUUGGGUAAUAUGUGAGACUUGUCAGAGUUCUCUUCCCAACCUUAUGUACCUAUCUGUCUAAUGGAUAAAUUGGAUGAUCUAUUGGAGUCUGUCUCUUUAUCUGUCCCUGAUAUACUUAGUAGCACAAAACUGUAUCAGAUAAAAGAGAAAUGAUCAAAAGAGGCAUCAUAAUACAAUGGGAAGAGGUCUAGCCUGAAAAUCAAGACAUAAUUCUGAUUCUGUCUGUUACUAUGUGAUUGUGGGCAAGUAACUUCUUUUAAUGAGAAUAUUGGAGUUGAUCUCCUUUCCAAUUCUAAAGUUCACUGUGGGGAAAACUUCUAUAUACCCUUAGAUUUGCACCUAUUCCUACUAAAUAUUUUCUGUGUCAUAUAUAUAUAUAUAUAUAUAUAUAUAUACACAUACAUACACACAUGAAACUCACAGACUAUUUAACUUUGGUUCUCUCUGCCCUGUUAUAAAACCAGGGAGGAUGGACCCAAAAAAAGUACCAAAUUUUAGACAGCUAGAUGAAGUGUGUAUUACCUAAUUGUCAGUAAGAUACAUAAAAAUGGAUUUAAUCUGGAUUUCAUGUCUUACCACCCAACCCCUUGCUCAUAUGCUGCUAAACACAGUCUGCUGAAGCAAGUAGGAUUCUAUGGAAAAAUCAUUCUUCAAUGCACAUUGUCUUAAACUGUGAGUUCCUUGAGAGCAGGGACUGUCUUGUGCAUCUCAUAUUUACCAGUAAGUGAGAAUUUACUGGUUUCCAAACACUUUCUUCAGAUGAACCUUGGAAGGUAGACAGGGCAAGGAAAAUUCUCCCCGAGCCCUAGAGAAGGAAAAAAUAACUUGUCAAGAUUUUGAAUCCAGGUCUUCUGCCUAAAUUAAUACAGUGUUUGCUGCUAUAUUAUGUUCUUUCUUUUUUUCUUUUUACAUUAUAAGUAAAGGCUUUGGGGGAGCAAGGCAGUUAGGGUUAAGUGACUUGCCCAGGGUCACACCGCUAGGAAGUGUUAAAUAUCUGAGAUUAGAUUUGAACUCAGGUCCUUCUGACUCUAGGGCUGGACUGUCCAUUGUGCUAUCUAGCUGCCCCUUGUCUUCUUAAUAUUAUCUGUACACAGUCCUGCUCAUAAUAGGUUUUUGUUACACAUUUAUUGAAUGAGUCAGUCAGCAAGGGUUUAUGAAGCACCCUAUUUGUCAGGCACUGAGAUAAGUGGUAGAUAUACAAAGACAAAGCACAAGAGUCCCUGCCCUCAAGAAGCUUACUUCUCUAUUUGGGGAGACAUAUAGAAAUAGAUACAAAAUAUUUUUUUAGAGCAGACCAGUGAUUUUAUUUUUAGAAGGAAUUCUUGAUAAGGAACCUGCCCCUACAUAUGCAGGUCAAGAUCUGUUUUGCAACUUAGUGUUAAUGAACUAUCUAGGGAUACUUAGAGGUUGUGACUUACUGAAGGUCAUAUCAUGUGUAUAAGAAGUAGGACCUGAACUCAAGGCUCCCUAACUCUUAAGACCAUCUCUCCAAACUCUUCUGAUCAUGUAAUACAUAUCAAGAAUUUGAGCACAAUUCUAAUAUAUGUAUAUUAUUUAUGAUAAACAUGUACUACUAAAUUAAUAAUUGUGUAUAUUACAUAACAUACACAAAAUAGAAAUUUUUAAAUGAGUAAAUAAAAUAUUUUCAAUAUGAUUUCAUUAUUAAUGAGCUAAACACCUUUUUCAUUCUCAUGAUAAAUAUUAAUGUUAUAUUAAUCAAACAAGUAGUUUUUUAAAGUGUUCACUAUGUCAGAUACUAUGUUCAGUACUGGGGUUACCAAGAAAGAUACAAUAUGAUUGAUUGAAAAUGCUUCAUUAAACACAUAAAACUUGUGAUAUGGCAGUUCAAAGGUCUUGAUAUAAGUACAGUUUAUUUGGAUAUUCUAAAUGGCUGAAAAAGGAUACUUCACAAGAAUACAUAUGGCUUCAAAUUCAAGAAGCACAUUGUUGACUACACUUACUAUAUCAUGAUCCUUAUUUUUCAGUCCUUCCACCAAUGAUAAGCAAUGGUUUUUGUUAAAUAUAAACCAGCAAAUUUCUCUUUCUUGAUAUUAAUUAAUCUCACAAACUAAUUGCAUUUUUCUAUUUUUAGCAAGUGUAUUCAAAAUCUACUAAAAGUCUUCAAUGGGAAACUUUUUUAAUAGUUCAGAAUAUUUCCAAUUUUUAAAAAAAUGUACAGAUAUAAGCAUUGCCUCUGCAUUGCUACAGACAUGGUAGAACUCAAGAAGAUGCUAUCUCCAGAAGCACCAGUUCAUGAUGGAGUAUGUUGGGGGAUUUCUGGGAAGAGGGAGCUGAAGAGAAUAAGCUUAAGAGUUUAAUCUCCAUCUUGAAACCAGGUGGGGCAAGCCAAAAUUGAGCCAUGUGCUGAAUCAAGGGGCUUGUGCUCUCUUGCUCCCCUUUUUUGAGUUGCGUUGACUGUUUGACUGUUGCAUUGCCACUACUACUGCUGUAGUUGUCUUGGGUGGACAAAAGUGGGGUUAAGAGACUGCCUGACAGCUAAAACUGAAGACUGGCAAAAAGGUAAAAUAUUUUCAUCCCUACUAUUUUGUGGUGGGGAUGGGAAUAACUCCCUAUAGUUGCUCAGCCCUUACCUCCUUUCCAUGAGGAGUUUAAAUUAUUAAAAUCAGAGGAAGCCAUUUUUGUUCUUCAUUCUAUCCAAAUGAACUGUUCUCCCCUUUGCCCACUCUCCUUUCUUUGGUAUUUUUUAUUCUUCUUCAUGUAAAAGAAAAUCUGGCAGUCAUUAGCCCAUGUUGUGUGAUUAGUGCUAGAGUGAAUAGAGAUUUGAGGAAAGAUUUAGAUCUGGUUAGAGAGAGAAGAAACAUUUCAAUUCACUUGGAAGUGCAGAGUAGGAGAGAAGAGCAAAUUGAAUACCUGGGGAAUUUACAAUUAAGUUUCAUUGAAAUAAUAUUCCUAAACCAGCCAGCACAAGUUUA